AUGGGCAAGCAGACCAAAGGGACCAAGAAGUUCCUGCGUACGCAGCUCGACAGCACGAUCAAGCGACGACGCGAACACCAGAAGAAGCGCAAGGUCAUCGAGCGCUCCGCAGCAGCCAAGAAGCAGAAGCAGCUGCGCAAUACCGGCAAGAAGGGCAAGGGCGCCAACCGCGAGGAGGCGCCCGAGGAUCUGGCCGAGUUUGACGAAGACGACGAUGUAGCCGACAAGAUGGCCGCUGAUGCAGGCAAGAGCGGCCUCAAAGGCAUGAGCGUCGACGAUUUCCUCGGUGGAGGAUUCAAGAGCGCUGCUGACGAUGACGAGGACGCGGAAGACGACGAGGAGGAUGACGACGAGGACGCAGCAGACGAUCUCGAGGACGUCGAGGAGAUGUCGGAUGAGGAGGGCGCCGGCAUGCACGCCCAGGACCUCGAGAAGCUCAAAGAGAAGGACCCAGAAUUCUACGCCUACCUCCAGGAGAACGAUAAGGAGCUGCUGCAGUUCGGCCAGGAGUCCGACGAUGACGAGGAUGACGACGAAGAGGAGCAGAGCUCUAGCAAGGCCAAAGCGACCACAUCCAAAGCGGCCAAGGCGGAAACAGGGCCGCAGCGAGUCACGAUCAAGAUGCUUGCCGGAUGGCAAAAAUCGAUGCUCACCCACCGAUCUCUCAAGGCGCUGCGUCGAUUGCUCAUCGCCUUCCGCUGUGCCGUCAAGCCCGAAGAGGAGGACCAGCGUGCGGAAGGUGCCUCGUUCAUCAUCGAAGAGGCGCGCGUCUUCAACAAGCUCGUCCUGACCGCACUCAAGUACACGCCUGUCGUGCUGCAGCACCACGUGCCGCUUUCGGAGGACAAGCAGGGCAACAUCAAGAUCCCGUCGAACAACAAGAAGUGGAAUCUGAUCAAGAAGCCGAUCCAGUCGUACUUUAGCAACCUCUUCCUGCUCACCGAGACGCUGACCGAGCCGCGCAUGCUCGAGAUCGUAGUGCGCGAGAGCACGCGCAUGGUGCCGUAUGCGCUGUGCAUCCCCAAGACCACGCGCGAAUUCAUCAAGGUGGCGCUCAACCUGUGGUCGAGCCAGGUGUCGGAGGACGGCGUGCGCAUGUCGGCCUUCCUCACGCUGCGUCGACUCGGCAUGGCGGGCGGCACGGCGUCGCUGGAAAACGUACUGCGCGGCGUCUACUCGUCGUUCAUCCAGUCGAGCCGCUCGGUGAGCAUCCACACGCAGCCGAUGCUCAACCUAAUGAAGAACACCGCCGUGGAGCUGUACCUGCUCGAUGCGGACGUGGCGUAUACGCAGGCGUUCGGCUUCAUCCGUCAGCUCGCCAUCCACCUGCGCAACUGCAUCAAGACCAAGACCAAGGACGCCUUUAAGGCGGUGCUCAACUGGCAGUUUGUGUCGGCGGUGGAGUUCUGGUCGCUGCUGCUGUCGCGCGCGUGCGACCAGGAGUCCGAGGCGCAGGCGGGCGUCGAGUCGCCAUUGAAGCCGCUCAUCUAUCCGCUCGUGCAGGUGGCGACGGGCGUGGUGGGCAUGGUGCCCAACUCGCGCUACUUCCCCUACCGUCUGCACCUGCUCAAGGCCAUGAUGCGCAUCGUGUCGCGCACGGGCACCUACAUCCCGCUGGCGCCGCUGGUGCUGUUCGUGUUCGAGUCGCCCGAGUUCCAGCGCAAGCUCAAGGGCUCCACUGCGGCACCGAUCGACUUUAGCACGACGCUGCGUGCCCCGACACAGAUGGUGCGCACAAGACCCUACUCGAACCAGCUGCUGUCCGAGUACUCGUUCCUGCUGCUCGAGUUCUUGGCGUCGCAGUCGAGGUCGAUUGCGCUGCCCGAGCUGGUGCUGCCGCUGCAGAUCCAGCUCAAGAGGCUGUCCAAGACCACGACCAACGCCAAGUUCCAGGCAGAGGCCAAACAGCUGCUCGACAAGUCUCACCAGACCGCCCUGUGGGUGGGCAAGCAGCGCGAGGCGAUCGACUUUACACCCAAGGACCUCGACAAGGUCAAGAACUGGGAGAUGGACGCAAAGGAGAACCCGCUCGAGGCCAUGCUUCGGCUCGCAAAGAAGGUCCGUGCCAAGCAGGAGGCGCUCAUCAAGGCUCAGGCACAGGUCGUUCGCGACGAGGACGACGAGGAUGAGGACGAGGACGAAGAGGAUGACGAAGAUGAGGAUGAGGACGAGAUGGAAGUUGACGAGGACGACGAGGACGACGAAUAG